CUCUCUCUCAAAACGCUCCCUCUCUCUGCUCUAAAACCAUGAGAACCCACCAUUGUUAACGCCAACAAAGAAAACCCAAGACAGAGUAAAGGUUUUCUUUUUUUAUUGUUCAAGAAUCAAACAGAGAUUCUUGCAAUGGGAUGUUUUCUUGCAUGUUUUGGUUCCUCCAAAGACCGAAAGAAUCGAAAACGCAGACACAGGGUUCAAUAUCCAUCACAAAGAAAUUUUAGUUACAAUGAUCAAUCUACAGUUUCUUUAGAACAGAGCAGCUUGGGAACCCCUAUCAAGGGAGUUAGAGAUGAUAAGGCAGAGGAGCAGCUUGGUUCGGGUUCUCGAAAGAAAGUAACUUUUGAUGCUAAUAUUAAGACAUAUGAACAUGUUUUGGUUGAUGAAAGUACUGAUUUUGAUUUGCAUGGUGAAGAGGAAGAGGAAAAGAAAUUGAAGGAGAAAGAAGAGGAGAAUUUGGCUAAACCAAGGGAGUCUGAGAAUUCCUCAGAGUCUAGCUCAAGUUCUUACCCUCCUAAUCAUAGGUAUCAGAAUUGUAGAGAAAGUGAUGAUGAAGAAGACGAUGAAUUGGACUACGAAGAAAGUGAUAUCGGCGAUGAAGAGGAUGAUAUUGAAGAAUCGAAGCCCAUCGAUUUGAUUCGAGUCGUUAGAGCGGGUAGGGACGGCGAUGUUCAUCCGGUGCUGAAGCCGGUCGAAAAUCUAGAUCAAUGGAAAGCUGUAAAAUCCAAAGGUUCAACACCAUUGAAGCUGCAAAAGGAGAAUCUCAGCUUGGAACAAGAAGAGCCCCGGCUUUCGACUAGCUUGGACCAUAGUUCCAAGGAUCGAUCUUUCAGUUUCAGUGAAGAAGUUUCAGUUGAUGCCAGCCUUUCCAAUUGGUUGUCUUCUAGAGAAACUACACCGGCGAAAAAGAGUAGCACAUUGGAUGCGUGUACGCCGGAGAGGAGCGUCUCAAUAGGUUCGAUUCCGACGAAGAUGAGCCCCGAAGAUAGGCCGAUUUUGGGUGCAUUAACUAUGGAAGAUAUCAACAAGUUCUCAGCAUCAUCUGCACCAAGAAGGUCUCCAAGUAGGAGCCCGGAGGAGAUGCCGAUAAUCGGAACGGUGGGAAGCUAUUGGAAUCAUGAGAGCACCACCAUUAAGGACUCAGCUGCUUCUUUCAAAGGAAUACCAAACAGUACCAGCAAGUACAGAGAGGAUAAGAAAGUGAAUUGGCAUUCUACUCCAUUUGAGAAAAGAUUGGAGAGAGCUUUGAACAAGGCGUAACCCCAAUGAAAAAACAUAUAUGUAUUGCCCGUGUUGUUAUUUUUUUGUUUCCAUAUAAUCUACAUGUGUGUUUAUUUUAUUUUAAUUA